UUAUCCAGUUCUAGCGAAGAAGAUGAAGUUAGUUCAACACUGAAACCAACCGCCAUGGCUCUCUCUCCGAAGCCCUACCUUCUCUAUUCCCCUCUCCAUUCUCCGUCACCGUCUCCAGUACCGGCGAAGCUCUCUUUCUGCUCUUCUCUACCGCCGCCGCCGAAGAAUUUUGAGAUCUCCGCUGCUCUGUUCGCUCCGAUCGCGCUCAGGGUUUCGUGGAGAGCCAAGUGUGUUCGAUCGGCUACUCAGGAAGACAACCGGAGUGAAUCUGAUGACGCUGUAUCGGAAGAUCAGAGCUCGAUUUCGGCUGAUUCUAAGGUUUCUCAGUUGAAGGUUAAUACGACGUCGUCGAGCGAUUCUCUGUCUCUUGGGAUUCGUGAGCCUGUAUAUGAGGUGGUGGAAGUGAAAUCGGAUGGGAUGAUAUCUAAUAGAAAAAUCAAUAGGCGUCAAUUGCUGAAAUCGAGUGGGCUUCGUCCUCGUGAUAUUCGAAGUGUUGACCCUUCGUUGUUUUUGACUAAUUCCGCUCCUUCUUUAAUGGUCCGUGAACAUGCUAUUCUUCUAAACUUAGGCUCAUUACGAGCUAUUGCAAUGCAAGAACAAGUCCUCAUAUUCGACUACAAUCGAAGAGGUGGGAAAGCUUUUGUAGACACUCUGUUGCCUAGACUGAACCCAAAAAAUAUAAAUGGGGGACCAUCAAUGCCAUUUAUGCUUGAGGUCGUGGAAGCAGCCCUACUUUCAAGAAUACACCGGUUAGAGCAGAGACUAAUGGAUUUAGAACCUCGUGUUCAAGGUCUGCUUGAAGUUCUGCCUAAUCGAUUAACUGCCCAAAUACUGGAAAGACUUCGAAUAAGCAAGCAAACUUUGGUUGAACUAGAUUCAAGAGCAGGGGCUCUCAGACAAAUGCUGCUUGAUCUUCUUGAGGAUCCACACGAAAUUCGCCGUAUCUGUAUCAUGGGUCGAAACUGCAGACUCAAGAAGGGUAGUGAAGAUUUGGAAUGCUCAGUUGCAGUAGAACAGCAAAUUGCUGAAGAAGAGGAAGAAGAAAUUGAGAUGCUUUUGGAAAACUAUCUCCAAAGAUGUGAGUCUUGUCAUGGUCAGGCUGAAAGGUUACUUGAUUCUGCAAAGGAAAUGGAAGAUUCUAUAGCUGUCAAUUUGAGCUCUCGGAGGCUUGAGGUUAGCAGAGUGGAAUUGCUCCUUCAAGUUGGGACAUUUUGUGUGGCGGUUGGUGCUCUUGUUGCAGGUAUUUUUGGCAUGAACUUAAGGUCGUAUCUUGAAGAACAUGUGUCUGCAUUCUGGCUCACAACAGCUGGGAUAAUCGUUGGAGCUGUUGUAGGAUUCUUCCUAAUGUAUUCUUACCUCAGGAAGAGGAAAAUUCUCUGACUAACAAACAAGUCAUUUCGUUUUGGGCCAUUUUCAGAGUCAGCUACUUCUCUUUCUCUUUCUCUCUCUCUCUCUCUCUCUCUGCCAUUUAUAUAUAUGGUAAUUGUGGUUUUGAAGAAAUUGAAGGAAAAAAUUCAUGAUGAUAUGAGUUCUGACAAUGUGAGAGAAAGAAGAGAGAGAGAGAGAGAGAGAGAGAGAGAGAGAGAGAGAGAGAGAGGAUGGAAUGCAUCUUUGACAUAAUGUUCUACUUCUACAAUAUAUAUAUACAAGGAGAGGAAAGAUCCAAAUGGGUGGGCAUUGUAUUAUUUAAACUAGGUUUAGUGUUUAAUAUGAUGAGUUAAAAGGAAGAAAGAAAUUAUUAUUAUUAAUAUUAUUAUUGAUGAUGGAAUGGAAUUGUAGAACAGAGUUGGAAAACCA